UGUGAAUGUGAAUAUGUUGUAUACACUAGGACGUGCGAUUUUCGUUAUACUACUGCUUUGAGUUUAUACUAAGUUUAAAAAUGUCUAAUUUUACAACAGAUGGUAAAAUCUGUAUAGAAAGAGAGUUGGAAGUGUCUAAAUCCGAAAUAGAAUUUGACAACUUGGAACAACGCUACAGUGUUACAGAAAUUUGUAAUUGGCUUAAGGAACACAACUUUUCUAAAGUGUGCUUACAAUUUCCUGAUGAACUAAUUGGGGUCAGUGCUGCUAUUUAUCAAGAAAUUAAAAAAAAUAUAAAUGUAGACUUAUACAUUCUCGGUGACACAUCCUAUGCUAGUUGUUGUGUUGACUCCGUGGCUGCUAUGCAUGUUCAGAGUGAUGCAGUGAUUCACUUUGGACAUUCGUGUUUCACAAAGACAAACAUCCCCGUGUUCACGGUACUGCCAAAACGGAACUUAUCCACUGAUGCCAUAGAAUCAGUAUUACAAGAUCAUUUCAAAUCAGAUGACACUAAACUCUGUUUAUUUUACGAUGCAGAAUAUGAACACUGUAAAGAUAACAUCAAGACGAUGUGGUUCCGACAGUAUCCACAAGCUCUAAUGGGUCACUUACAACUAAAUGACUCUCCUAACAGAUUUUUGGGGAGACUUGUUAAAAAUGAAACCGGCGUUGAAUACCCAAUGGAAAGUUUAAGAGAUUGUAUUUGUAUAUACAUUGGAUCGAAAGGACAGACAGUGUUUAAUUUUAGUGUUUCAGUUCCAGCUUUGAAAUGGUUCCUACUGGAUCCAGAGGACAAAAAACUUGAACAUCUAGAAGAAACAAUUUGGUUUAAAAGGAGAAGAUUUUUGAUAGAGAAAUGCAAAGAUGCAAAUGUCAUCGGCAUACUGGUGUGUAAACUUGCCGGUGAGCAGACGAAACAAAUAGUAAAAAGAAUGAAACAAAUAUGUAAAGCUAAUGGAAAAAAAAGUUACAUAGUGUCAGUGGGGAAGCCGAAUGUUGCCAAGUUGGCGAAUUUCCCAGAGAUUGAUAUAUAUGUUAUGAUAGCUUGUCCGGAAAAUGACUUGUAUAACAAUCGAGACUUCUACAGACCAAUAAUAUACCCUUUUGAAUUGGAAGUGGCGCUCAAUUCUAAUAGGGAGCAAUACUACAACUAUCAUGUUACAGACUAUGACGAUCUCUUGCCAGGGAAACGCCAUCACUUAGAAAUAGAUCAUAUUAAGCAAGCAACUGACGUCAGUCUUGUGACUGGCAAAAUAAGGGAAAAUAAAAUACAUAGCAAUGAAGAGGGUGGCAUGGAGGUGGCUGAAAAACAAAAUUGGGCAUUAGAGAACAUCGGUCAGAACCUUCAAGAGAGGUCAUGGAAAGGAUUGGAACAAAAAUUAGGAGAGACUGAUGUCAAAAAUGUUGAAGAAGGUCGGAAAGGAAUCCCCUUACAGUACAGCAAUGAACCAGAAUAGUUUAAGAACAUUUAUUUGACAUAUUUACAUUUAUCUUUGUUUCUUACAACUGUUUAAUAAAUAUGUUAUUUUCAAAA